CGCCGCUCGCCCUCCGCCGCCGCCGGCCGCGGCCGUCUCAGCCGCCGCCUCAGCCCGGGCGGGCCGGGCCUCCGCCGAGGGCCGUGCACCGGGACUACGAGGACGGGCUGCGAGCGCAUGUUUCUGAAGCCAGAGCCAUGACCUGACACCCUGAUGCCUACUGCCAGGGCCUUUGUGGGACUGGCACAUGCACCAUGGAACUUAAAGUGUGGGUGGAUGGCGUUCAGAGGAUCGUCUGUGGCGUCACGGAAGUCACAACUUGCCAGGAGGUUGUAAUAGCCUUAGCCCAAGCUAUAGGUCGAACUGGAAGGUACACCCUUAUAGAGAAAUGGAGAGACACUGAGCGGCACUUGGCACCGCAUGAAAACCCCAUCGUGUCUUUAAACAAGUGGGGGCAGUAUGCUAGUGACGUGCAGCUCAUCUUGCGUCGGACUGGGCCAUCUCUCAGUGAGCGACCCACCUCGGACAGUGUGGCCCGCAUUCCUGAAAGAACUUUGUAUCGACAGAGCCUUCCCCCCUUAGCCAAGCUCAGGCCUCAGGCAGACAAGUCCAUCAGAAGGAGGGAGCCUAAACGAAAGUCUCUCACCUUCACAGGGGGCGCCAAAGGGCUGACAGACAUUUUUGGAAAAGGCAAAGAGACUGAGUUCAGGCAGAAGGUGCUGAGUAACUGCAGGGCAACAGCAGAGGAGCUGAAGAGGCUGAUCCGGCUGCAGACUGGGAAGCUGCAGGCCAUCGAGAAGCAGCUGGAGUCCAGUGAGGCAGAGAUCCGGUUCUGGGAGCAGAAGUACAGCUGUAGUCUGGAGGAGGAGAUUGUCCGCCUGGAGCAGAGGAUCAAGAGAAACGACGUGGAGAUCGAGGAGGAAGAGUUCUGGGAAAACGAAUUACAGAUCGAACAAGAGAACGAGAAGCAGCUGCAGGAUCGGCUGGAGGAGAUACGGCAGAAGGUGACAGACUGUGAAGGCAGGCUGAAGGACUACCUGGCUCAGAUCCACACCAUGGAGAGUGGUCUCCAGGCAGAAAAACUGCACCGGGAAGUUCAGGAGGCACAGGUCAAUGAGGAGGAGGUGAAAGGAAAGAUCGAAAAGGUCAAGGGGGAGAUGGACCUUCAAGGGCAGCAGAGCCUGAGGCUGGAGAAUGGCAUUAGAGCUGUGGAGAGGUCUCUGGGGCAGGCCACCAAGCGGCUACAGGACAAGGAGCAGGAGCUAGAGCAGUUGACCAAAGAGCUGCGGCAGGUCAACCUCCAGCAGUUCAUCCAGCAGACAGGGACCAAAGUCACCGUGCUGCCAGCCGAGCCCACGGAGAUCGAGGCCUCGCAGGCAGACAUAGAGACAGAGGCACCAUUCCAGUCUGGGUCCCUGAAGCGACCUGGUUCAUCUCGGCAGCUCCCCAGUAAUCUUCGUAUUCUACAGAACCCUGUCUCCUCUGGUUUUAAUCCUGAAGGCAUCUAUGUAUAACACUGCCUUUGGGGGUAGGAUCCAGCAAAGGUACCACGGACAGGAAAAUCCUCCAGUUUGUGCCAACUGAACAGAGGGUCUGUUCCCACGCCGAAUCCUCUCCCAACCACACACCACUCGGAGCCAUGCCCUGUGCACUGAUGCUGAACAUGGAGCCUUUCACUCUUCGCAGUAUUGACAUGUUGUCCAGCAGCUGGAAUGCAAAGCCUGUGUUUGUAUUUGUAGCAUUUUGAGAGCAUCAGGAAAGCGUUGAUCUACGUUUAUACACGAAUACACCCUGAAUUAAGAGUAAAGAAGUUAUGUGACUGCUUGGUUUAAUUUAUUCCACGUAAUUGAUUAAUGUAUGAAUGUUGCUCUUUAAUGUUUUAUUAAUACUUAUCCUGUGACUUAAUUCUGUUAAGUGUUGUGGGACUCUGACUGUGUGCAUGUUGGCAGACUCCAUCCGAGCUUUGCUCAUGUACAGCUGCGGAGCCUCCUGGGGCGCUCCACCAUCCAGACUGACUCCACGGAACUCACCGCACUUAUCUGGAGCCUCUCUUAGCCCUUGCUUAAGUGAGAUAAUUCAGCUUGCUUUCUAGUCUGGAAGUUAAUUGUUCCUUUACAGUAUUCCAAACAUGACAUCACAGAAAUAUCGUAAAUGAAGUAAAUUGUUUGUGUAAAAUGUUUGUGAUCUCAGAAGGUCCUGGUGCACUCUGUGAGGCUCUCCUGCCUUCCUGCCUCCUCCUGUGGGUCCCCAUGAGAAGGUCCCACGAGAAGGAGAAGUCCCUGGGGGUCUGAUUGCUGUGCUUUGGGAAUCACACGCAGGUGAUGUACUUGAGAACAACCCACUUCCUCUGUGGACUUUAUGCCAUGCACAGCAGGGUGAGUGUUGCUUGCCAAGACGUCGACGUGGACAGGGUGCUUGCUCUAGACAUGGAGACAGAGGAGAGAGCACCGAGGUCAGGUAUUUUUUUACCAAGGAAAUAAAAUUAAAUUCAGAGUAUGUUUUUUAUUUUUAAGUUUGACUUUAUAGGAUAUUAGUCUCCAUUUAUAUUUGUAUCAUUUGUGUAUAACGCCAAAAAUGAGUCAGUACUUUGCUCGCAAGCAGUGACUUCACUGCAGUCAACAGUAAUAUUUAGAUAGGUGCUGCCAGGUGCCUCAGCCCUUCCCAUUCUCCAGUACAUUUGGUACAGUGUAACUAAGACUCUAAUCUGAAAUUUAAAGUAGCUUUUAAUCCUGAAGAGAAUGCAUCCUCUGUAUUAUUUACAUGCAAUAAUAUGAAAGUGGGUUAGCAUAGUGAUGCUGAAACCACAGUCAAGGUGAGCUGAGGUGGGUGACCACACCCAACUUACUUCUGGUUUGAUGAAUGUCCAAUGAAGCCGAGAAUGCUGCUUUAUUUUAGUUUCCAAUGACAAGAUUUAAGAAUGGCUGUGAAGUAGUAGACACUCGUAGAGAACUGAAAUUUGUGCAGUGUUGCCUUCUACCCAAGUGAAUUGCAGACCUCAGCUGAACGCCGACUUACCCAGUGGGUCUUGCUGUCACUGCCUCACAGGUGACUUGAGAAAUAAAUUAUUCUUUCUGAAAUAACCAUUGCCUGAACGCAUUUGCUCCAGAUUUGUAGCAACUGUUUCAUAUCUAUAUACAUUUAGAAAGAAUAAUUCAAAGUCAAAGUAACUUGCAGCCCAGGGCCUGCCUUACUCUCAGACUCUUCCUCUGUUGAGUCAUUGCGUUGUUCAGAUAAAUUGAAACCUUGCUCAUAAAGGCAGACACUGUACAAAUGGAUUAUCUUCCAUUUAAACCAAAAUGUUGGUGGUAGGUAGGUUAAACUCUAUGAAAAAUGAAAGAUAAAGCUGGGUGUGGCGGCUCAUGACCGAGACUCCAGCACUCUGAAGGCUGAGGCAGGACAGUUGCCAUGAAUCCCAGGCUAUCCUAAGUUACAGGGGAAGUUCUAGGAUAGCCUGAGGUCUGGUGUGAGGCCCUGUGGAAAGAAAGAGAAUUGCACAGAUCCUCUGGCACACUCAGUUGUGAACUGUCUGCUUCCUGAGGCACCUAGAGAAGGGCGGCCUCCCACCAGCUCGCAGCAGUCCUGGCUCUCCACCACCAUCACCUCUGAACUUGGAAGCUGCCAGCUACUCUCCCGGCCUCCCAGCCUCCCCGACUGGUGGGGUGCAGCCAUGAGAGUUAACAAGCACGUUGAGAAGCUGUGCUGUGUCACGAGUCACAGGGCCUUCACAGGCUCAUCACUGUCCAGUGUUUUCUAAAGCUUUUUUAGCUUGGGGUGGGGAGGGGGGAACAACUAAUUUGUGUAGGAACAUCUGAAAAUAUUUUAAUCUGCUGUCACAGUUUUUACCUAUUGUGACUAUAAUUGAAGUGGCUUAUGAACCCUACCUUUGGCUACAUGUCAGAGGGGUACAGCCAAUGGUAUUCAAAAACUACCAAAUGCAAAAUUUUGCAUAUGGAGAAGUAUACAGGUUCUAAAUAAUAAAUUAGAUCACAAAUUUUUGUGUCUUUUUAAUUAGUACUACAGGUUACAUUAUGUGGUUUUUCUACAGGUAUUAAAUAUAUUACAAGUUUUUUUCUUACCAAUGAAUAAUUCGAGUAUCAUUGGUCUAUUUGACCUAUAGAGUAUCCUCUUUCUCAGAGAAUCACCCACAGUGGGUUACCUCACUUUUGUGUUUAUUUUUUUCAUUUCCUUUAUAUUUUGGCUGUUAGUGUUCCUUUUUUGUCUCCGUGAAGAGGGAAUUUUAUAUGUGAGGCUUCAGUUGGUGUUGAUAGAAGUUGCCCUCUGGCUGUGCAGAUUGGCAUAACUAUUAGGGGGCAGUUGAGCAGAGCUCCACCCAGCAGAGCCUGCACAGUGAAGAUGCAGCUCAUGGUACUCGCUGUGGAGUGUGGCAGCACAGACCGACAGAUCAGCACUGCUCCACAGCUAAGACAGCGCAGUCCUGUGGCAGGCAACACAGCUGCUUGUAAGUGCAAAAAGGUCUGCAGAGACAAGAAGUCUUCACUUAGAGCAACAUCUGGGAACAUCUUUGCAAGUUAGGACCUUGAUAGAUUGAGGAAAUCAUGUGAAAAAGACAAAGGCCUGAUGGCAGGCGGGCACAGGAAGACAGGCAGUUAGCAUUGGACAUUGCCUCUGACAGGUUAGGCCUUAAUGUAUAUUAAAAGAUGCUCUGUGUGCUUCUCAGACACAAGCCUGUUUGAUCGGUAGAUACUGUGGCGAGGCCAGCUCGUGAGUAUUCCUUUUGCAUCACGCCAGUGUUUUUAAGUUGUGUGUUCGUAUGUCUGCUGUGGUAUUUUUAAGUUCUGGGAGAAGCCUGCUGGCUGUGUCAGCUCACGGCCAUCAGUAGUUACUCAGUAUUGCUGCUCCACGUUUCCCAGUGCACCUUCCAUGCCAGGGCAGUGGCUGCGUGCGUGCAAGCUGUGGGAGCGCCUUCCCGCUCAUUUUAUAUAUAUUUAUAGAAACCAAAUGACCGCAGAUGGCUAUAUAGUGUAGUGUUAAACCAGUGGAACUCCAAUGGCAAUAAAUAUAUGCAUCUGUGUGGGGGAGGGGAAAAGUGGAAAUACAGGUUUACAGCCAGACAUGGUGGGUGGUAGCCCUUCAGUGUAUUUCUCUUUCCCUUCACUGACCUAGAAGGAUUUGAGCUGCUGCAGCUUUAGACAGAAAAUGUCCACAUUUGCUGAUUGUGGGCCAUAAAUAUGCUUUUAGUACUGCUUUGCUGAUGUAUAAAUAAGAAAUCUGUAAUAUGUACUAUAUGUAAUUAUUUUCUUUUGACUUUAUUUCAAAAUGUAUAUUUUCUGAUUAUUAUCAUGAGCUAUAAAGCAAAAAGAUCAAUAUCUGAUAUUCUCCCAAAUAAUAAAUUUUCAAGAUUCAUUGGGGCAA